GGGCGGUGUACUGUAUCGCAUGUGCUAGAUUAAGAAUGCUCUACUUUAUCCCAAGUUGCCAACUACAGCAGGGUGUAGCAUCGAAACCAAACUUGCACGUAUAACGUUACAUUGAAACCAACUUUAGGGCAUGUUGCCGCACCACUGGCCCCCGAAUGUGUGGAGGCAAGCGCCGCGCUCCCAGUCUUCGCAGACUCCUUCCAACCCUGGACCGGCAGCGAGGCGAGGGUAGUUGCAGUGUCCGCACGAACUUCGCUCGAGAUCGCACAUGUGUCCGGCGUGGCACUCGCAUCGUCCAACUGGGUUCGCUGGAGGUUCUGGGUCUUCGUUCACGUCACCGCACCAACGCUGGCCAUACCAUCGACACGUGGUCUCGAGCCGGUCUUCACACGUUCGGUCGCCGCCAGCCGUCCACAUUAUGUUGCAUGCGCCGCAAUACCCGUCGUCCGAGCAAAGCGACCCGCCGACACAGCCGCAAGUGACUGGAGAUGGCGUCGGAUCGUUUCUGGGUUCCUCUGGGGUGGGCUCGGGGGUUUCAGGGACGAGGAACGACGACACCGCCCCAUCCACAGUGCGCACCGGUCCUGCGCUGGUCUUGAGCCUGCACGAGUUCUUGUAGAAGACGAAAAUGGUGCAUCCGGGAGUGUCGCGGCAGUCAUCGCAGCAUUCGUCGGCCGUCGCGCGCGUGGUAUUGAUCAAGUUGUAGCCCGUAUACACGACAUUGGGCUCCAGCGGACUGCAGACGAGCGAGGGUACUGGAGCAUGGGUUUCCUGUAAGGCAAUGCACGCCGCCAGGAGCGGAAGCAGCACCAGCUUUAGCAUGUUCACCAAUGAGGAAUGGGAAGGAAGACUCUGCCUUGAGGAGCUUUUCC